AAAUGACAUCAACUUCAAGAUUCUUCCAAACCGCGGGGAGGGCUCGAUCCCAGCCUGGGCCGUCUCAUAAUUACGUCUCAUGGAGAAAGCAUGCUCCCAUCAGCAAAUCGUUCUCAAAUUGGCGACACCCCAGAGAUUGGGCUGAGGACAAUAAACAUCGAAUCAUCGCACAGAUUGGAGAGUGCAGACGCUGAUGGGUCAGGCGUGAAAUCAGAUGGCAGCCAAUCAGAGGGCCGAUCGACCACUUGAGCAGGGGCUUUAAUUCUCGACCCCCCCAGUCCGUUCUUGGCCGAACCGUUCCACCAAACCCAAUCGGACCACUGGUGAUACACACAGGGCCAUUGUUUUUUCUUUUCAGUGAUCCAGUUGCUCGGGAUGUGGCCUCGACACCUCACUUUAGCUUCGCCCGUGGCUGGCCUAUGGGACGGGUGGCGCAUCACGCCCGGGAAUUCCGCGUGGUUUUGUUUCCCAUAACACGGAAACCCCCGCGUCCUGACUGACGACCGACCUCAUUUUCCUUUCUUGUGUCUGCUUGCUCUGAAGCCCUUUGAUGCCUCUGCCCGACUCGAGAUCGGCCACGCCUUCGCAGCGGAGCACCCCCGGCAGCUUAAGAAACACACUUUUGCACAGUCGUACGCCACCACUUCAUUCUUCCCCUCUUUCACGUCAUAGCACCUCGAGUACGCCAUCGACAUCAUUCAAUCGCACGUAUGGCCGCCAGACGCCCCAAGAAGAGCCGCAAGUACUUUCGAGAGCAGGUCUCAGCCGGUCGUGGGAACUGAGCCGGCCCGGAUCUAGAAUGACUCGGCCGUCCACGGCCAUGACAUCAAGGUCAUACAUCACCACAUCACCCCGGCCAUCGUCCACCAUGGACGGCCGUAUCUGUACAAAAAGCCCCAGACUAUCUGUGCUCGAAAGGGCACAAGAAGCCAGGCGAGAAGAAGACGCACUCCUCAUCCGGGCAGCGAGGAGGGAGAGCCUUGCCCACAAACUAGCGCCUGGCAGGACUACUGCCGAGGGGUUCUGGACCCUCACCGCGGAACGCCCCCAAAGAUAUACGGCCGCCCCAAGGAGGCUUCCCGGCCAGGACACCUCAAGUUGGACUAUUCGACCGCAGCACGCAGGAUACCAGUCCUUCGAUGUGGAUGUGCUUGCUACUAUCCUGGAGGAAAAGCAUAACAUGGACCCCGAAAGAGCGUCACGCGUCAUGAGAAUAUGGGAUGCUGUCAUCAAGUGUCUAGACGAGAUAUCAUCUUCGCUGGAUGCGAGUACAAGGCACUUGACGUGUGAUCCGACCAAGGGUAUGGAUGGUGAGGUACCUACAGAACUUCAAUCUCCCUCAUCACCGCCGAGACCCAGCGUUCGGGACCUACUCUCUGAACACCAAGACCUUUCAGAGCCAGCUGAAGACACAGCCGGACCCAGAUACCCCUGCCCGUUUAGGAAGCGGAAUCCAGUGAGGUUCAACAUCCGGGAGCACGAGAGUUGUGCCAAGGCUCCCUUCUCGUUCACCGAAUUAAGACACCACCUCGCUUCUCACCACAAACAAACAUUUAGGCCUCGCCAAUGCCGUCGCUGCAAGGUGCAAUUUGACAGUGACAUGGCUUUGCUGGAGCACCUCAUGCUUCCCAAAGACCGGAUAUGUGAUGUCGACUCACCCAAAAACCUCUAUGACCAGGAAGAUGGCAUCUCUCCAGACGUUGAGAAGGCGCUGCAUGACCCAAAACAGAGUAGUGAUUCGUGGACGUGGGAGUCAAUAUGGAAUCUGUUAUUCCCAUGUGACACCGAGAUUCCUGACUCAGACUUUCAUCCCAUAGUCGAGCUUUUUGAAGUCGAUCAUGCUUUUGACGCCGAAGAACAAACUCUGAAGAAGAAUCUCCGCGACACACUUCGUCUUUUGUUACCACAAGCUGGCAUCGACGACCAAUACUGCGGUUUUUUAUCAGGCCAGCUCGAUCUUGUAUUCCAAGUACACAGAGCAAGUGUCAUGAGACAGUGUCUAGAGAAUUGUGGCUCGACUUCACAGUCAGCAGCGCCACCACUUUCGUCAUCGUCGUCUGAUUGCACUACAACCAGCACGGAGACGGAUGGGAGUUCUUAUUCCAGUGCCAGAAGAAGCUCGAAACGGCGCUCGGCGGGUUUGAGUCUUUUGUCACCCAAGUCUCUGAGCAGCACCGCUCGGAUCAAGACAUGGAAGACAUUUGUUGGUACCGAUGAGAAAGGCCGAGUUGUUGAUAGCAAGGUAACCCCCAUGACGGAGAGCUUUGGCACCACCACACGCGACCCAACUUCGAGAGAGAGCCUGGACUCUGCCAUCGGGAUGAGUGUUACCUGCUGUGACCUCUGCAACCAAGAUCCUUGCCUCUGCCGAGAGGUCAUCAUGUCUUGCAUCAAUGCCUCACCAACUCGAUUUGAAGAAGACCGUGUUGGAUAUUGGAAGAUGAAGGAAUUACAAGAACAGGAAGAACAGGAACUACAGCAACAGCUCAAGCGACAACCCGUCAGGGCAUUGCGCCGAACUGGACAUAUAAAUGGUCUGGCCAAAGACUUGCAGAAUCGAGAGCCAGAGCGGGAACAAAACUAUUGGCCACUAGGCAAGGAAGCCUUGGAUGGAACAGAUGUACAAGCUAAAGGUGGCAGUGAUGGAGGGCGAGUCACGCCAAUCGACAGAGUGAAAGAUUGUGCUUCGGAGGGUGGUCAUACUGAGCACUCUCCACAGAGCUUUAAGCAGAGAGUGUUGAGAGAGAGGCAUUUCAGUUACGUCAGGGGGUCUUGA